GAGGAGUUCGGAGAUAUGAAACAGGGUAGUCCCACAUUGGUGCCAAUGAGGGCUGACUCCAAUUUCUCUGACGUCAGAGGCAUGUACAUGAGAGGGAAUGUUAAAAGCCUUCUGCGGGUCCCGUCUUCCCUCGCCGCUGUCCUCCGCGAGGCGAGCUGGACCUCCCGUCCCAUCCUUCUUGGCUUUAGGUGUCGUGUCUUCUGCGCUAAGAGCGCUAUUCCUUGAAAACCAUGGCCUCCUUCAGAGCACUGAUGAUGAAGUUAUGCAGAAACCCGCAAGAGCAACAGCGCGUGCGUAGACUUAACUUGUCAUCAACAAGACAGGAAGCGGUGGUGAUCUCCGGCAGGAAGCUGGCGCGGCAGGUCCGGCAGGAGGCCCAGGCGGAGGUGGAGAAGUGGGUUUCGGCGGGGAACCGGCGCCCGCACCUCAGCGUGGUCCUGGUGGGGGACGACCCGGCCAGCCACUCCUACGUCCUCAACAAAGCCCGCGCCGCCGCCGCCGUGGGCAUCAGCAGUGAGACCAUCCUGAAGCCGCCCAGCACCUCCGAGCUGGAGCUCAUGGAUCUGAUCCAAAGACUCAACGCCGACGACAGAGUGGACGGGCUGCUGGUCCAGCUGCCUCUACCAGAUCACAUAGACGAGCGGCGCGUGUGCAACGCCGUGAUCCCAGAGAAGGACGUGGACGGCUUCCACGUGGUCAACGUGGGGCGCAUGUGCCUGGACCAGUCCGCCAUGCUGCCCGCCACUCCCUGGGGGGUCUGGGAGAUCAUCAAACGCACAGGUAUUCCCACGCUGGGCAGGAACGUGGUGGUCGCGGGUCGGUCCAAGAACGUGGGCAUGCCGAUUGCCAUGCUGCUGCACACCGACGGGCAACACGAGAGGCCAGGGGGUGAUGCCACCGUCACCAUCUCCCACCGCUGCACCCCCAGGGACCAGCUCAGACGGCACACCAAGAUGGCCGACAUCGUCAUUGCCGCUGCGGGGAUCCCCAACCUGAUCACUGCUGACAUGAUCAAGGAAGGGGCGGCGGUCAUCGACGUGGGGAUCAACAGGGUGCCGGACCCUGUGACCGGCAGGGACAGGCUGGUGGGCGACGUGGACUUUGAAGGAGUGCGUCAGAAGGCCGGCUUCAUCACCCCGGUGCCAGGGGGGGUGGGCCCCAUGACCGUGGCCAUGCUGAUGAAGAACACGGUCAAGGCGGCGCGGAGCCAGCUUCCGUCCGCCGAAGAGCCAGUGCGCGCGGCGGCGUUCUCCUAA